AUGAGACCAGGACUAACUGAAGAAAUAAAAGCAGCAUUUCGUGCAAAAAUUGGUGACAAUGUUAUUAAUCUAACUGAAGAGAAGAUAAUACAAUUAUGGGACAAUUAUUAUAGUCCGGUGAAUAUUGUUUCUUCUCGGUUUGGUGGUUUUCAGAGUGCUACCGAGAGCGGAGGAGGAGUUUGCUAUUCUGCUAAAUUUCCAGAAGGACCUUCUUAUCCAGAAAAAGAAGUUCGUGAUUGCGAUGAUGGACAUUUCAAUCCUUUUGCGAAAAGAAAAGAGUUUGCUGAUGCAGAAUCCCGAUUAAGAAAGAUUUUAUUAGAAGUUAGUGAAGAAAUUCUUCCCGAGGCAGAAAAGGAAAAAUUGAAAAAAUAUCAAGAGGCUGAUCCAUCCACUUUCGAAUAUCAAAAGUUGAUAGAUGAACUAAUAGGUUCGAGGCCAGAAAAUGAUGCUAAUCCCUUGCACCCUGACUCUUAUGCUGAUACUGAUAUUAGUGAUGAUAAAAUAUUUGAGAUUGAAGCAGUUGAAAAUGGUCAAAGUCCGGAUCAAAUUGCUCUAAUGGUUGGCUCCGGCAAUAUUAUUUCAGGAAUUGGUGGUGUUGACUAUAAUUGUGUAGUAAUCAAUCAUCGUGGAAAGAAAGAAAAUUUUUCCCCCGGUAAAAAUAUUGAAGUCAAGGGCAUUAAAAUGGGUCCGGGUAAAACUUAUAUUAGUUUUACUGCUGACCGUAGUCGAACAACUUUAAAUAUUCUUGAUAAUUAUGAAAAAGUGGUGUUAAUUAAUGAUGAUGAUUCAAACUUUCUCUCAGUUUUUGAAAUUGUAUUCAACGCCAUUACAAAUGAUGUUAAUCUAAAACAAAUACUGGAGAAAGUUGGGAAAGAAGGAAAUGAUUUUUUAGAUUCGAUUACUGGUCGAGAGAGUGAUUUUGUUAAUAGUGAUGGAGUUACUAUCAAUUAUGAAAAAGUUAAAAGUUUUUUGGGGAAAAUUGAAAAUCUUAAUGAUGAGGUUGCAAUCAAAAGUUUUCGGGAUGAGGUAUUGGUUUUAAUCAAGACUAAGCGGACUGAGCGACAAAAAACUAAGGGAUUGGAUGAAAAUCUAGAUCGGGCUAAUUCUCCGGAUGCUACUGAUGAGCAAAGAGUUAAGACUCUUAAAGAUAGCGGUGAGUUAGUAGGCCAGGAAACUUCUGAGCAAAAAACUAAAAUAGAGCAAAUUGAAAAGGAUUUAGCCAAGAAUCCAACAAAAUUUCGAGAGGCUAUCCAAGGUCUGCUGAUCAGACAAAUGGCUAGUCAAAAAGUAAAACCGGAAGAACUUACUUCUAGUAAAGAGGAAUGGGAAUCAUUGGAAACUGAAACUGAUCCAAUCCAAAUUAAAAAUAUUAAACAAAAAGUAAGCCAAGAAGUAGGAAGUAAAGGAGCCCAGAAAAAGAUAGGAUUUUUUACUACUCGAGUUAAAGAUGCUUUGAAAUUGGGGGAUAAAAAACUAAUUCAACAGUUUAAAGAAAAACUAAUUGAAUUUAUUAAUAGUCCUAACGCUUUUUAUCAACAAAGAGUUUCGGAAGCACAGGUCUUACUAUCCCAACUAGAAAAUCCUAAUCAGCAGAAUGGUGACGGUUCCCCUAAUUCAGAUGGAUUCCCUUGA